AUGUUCACAAGUGUAAGAGUAAAUAUGAAAAUAUCCUUUUUCGUAAUUCGGAUGAGGCAUUUUUCAUCAAAGCCUACAUCAUCUGAAGUCCUUACAGCUUACUUAGCUCAAUGUAAAGAACCUCCUUGGACGUCUUAUUUCGUUAAGUAUAGCAGUGUAAAAGAUGAUCAGUUUGGAAUGUCAAACUUCAAUUGGAAAGUAGGCAAAUCUAAUUACCAGAUUUUGAGAACGGGCUGUUUUCCAUACAUCAAAUAUCAUUGUUCAAGGAAAGCCGAGGAGGACUUAGUAACGUCAGAUAGAUUUAUGAGAGUAAUCAAGAUUGUUAACUUAGGUAUACCUUGUCUCCUGUAUGGUCUUGCUGCAACCCAGCUGAUUCGGCACACAGAAGUUGUUUAUACAUCAAAAGGACCUGUUAAUAUUUAUUUUUUAUUACCAGAACAUAAAGGAUCAUUACAUUGA